GGGGUCCUCGUCUGUCUGGGGUCCUCUGUGCCCCCCUCACAUGCUGUGUUUUGUCCCCUGGUGUCAGGUUCCUGGUGCGGGUCAUGUGCUCGGUGCUCGGGGUCCUCGUCUCUGUCUGGGGUCCUCUGUGCCCCCCUCACAUGCUGUGUUUUGUCCCCUGGUGUCAGGUUCCUGGUGCUGGUCAUGUGCUCGGUGCUCGGGGUCCUCGUCUCUGUCUGGGGUCCUCUGUGCCCCCCUCACAUGCUGUGUUUUGUCCCCUGGUGUCAGGUUCCUGGUGCUGGUCAUGUGCUCGGUGCUCGGGGUCCUCGUCUCUGUCUGGGGUCCUCUGUGCCCCCCUCACAUGCUGUGUUUUGUCCCCUGGUGUCAGGUCCCUGGUGCUGGUCAUGUGCUCGGGGCCCUCGUCUGUCUGGGGUCCUCUGUGCCCCCCUCACAUGCUGUGUUUUGUCCCCUGGUGUAAGGUUCCUGGUGCUGGUCAUGUGCUCGGGGCCCUCGUCUGUCUGGGGUCCUCUGUGCCCCCCUCACAUGCUGUGUUUUGUCCUCUGGUGUCAGGUUCCUGGUGCUGGUCAUGUGCUCGGUGCUCGGGGUCCUCGUCUCUGUCUGGGGUCCUCUGUGCCCCCCCUCACAUGCUGUGUUUUGUCCCCUGGUGUCAGGUUCCUGGUGCUGGUCAUGUGCUCGGGGCCCUCGUCUCUGUCUGGGGUCCUCUGUGCCCCCCUCACAUGCUGUGUUUUGUCCCCUGGUGUCAGGUUCCUGGUGCUGGUCAUGAGCUCGGUGCUCGGGGUCCUCGUCUCUGUCUGGGGUCCUCUGUGCCCCCCUCACAUGCUGUGUUUUGUCCCCUGGUGUCAGGUCCCUGGUGCUGGUCAUGUGCUCGGGGCCCUCGUCUGUCUGGGGUCCUCUGUGCCCCCCUCACAUGCUGUGUUUUGUCCCCUGGUGUCAGGUUCCUGGUGCUGGUCAUGUGCUCGGUGCUCGGGGUCCUCGUCUGUCUGGGGUCCUCUGUGCCCCCCUCACAUGCUGUGUUUUGUCCCCUGGUGUCAGGUUCCUGGUGCUGGUCAUGUGCUCGGGGUCCUCGUCUGUCUGGGGUCCUCUGUGCCCCCCUCACAUGCUGUGUUUUGUCCCCUGGUGUCAGGUCCCUGGUGCUGGUCAUGAGCUCGGUGCUCGGGGUCCUCGUCUGUCUGGGGUCCUCUGUGCCCCCCUCACAUGCUGUGUUUUGU